UGGAGGCGUAGCGGUCCUGUGGGAGACGCGGCAGAGGACGCCGUCAGCGGCAGAAACUGCUCACAUCUCACAUAGGCGCUACGCGCAGUGCGAUCCGCCGCUAAUUAGUUCUCUUUGCAGUCAAACCAAAACCCAGGCAGUUUUUAGUCUCCACCCUGAACUCUCUUUACGCAUUUUAACUCACAGAUACUGAAAUGCGCUGCUAAGACAUGAUGAGAAAUCUGACAUUUUAUGGGAUUUUUACUGAAGAUUAACGCUAUUAGGUAUAAUCAUUUUGACUUAAAAAUGAAGACUACGGAUUACAGGGGAUGCAUUUUGGGCGCACGCUAGGAAUGAUUAUAUCGUACUUGUGGGCAUGUACAAAGAACAGUAUAUUACAGCAUUAUCACAAAACAGAAAGACGCAACAUUACGCAUAAUAGCGCUCUUUAAACAGGCCAUUAUAGAAGCUGCCGUGAGAUCCCUGGUGUAAGAUGCGGUCUGCGGUUUAUUCAGCGCUGCUUACGCUGCUUGAAUCACUCCCUUUGCGCUUACUUACUAAAUAGUGCUGUCUAAACAAGCUAGAGAAGGUGAAAACGCACCGAACUGAGCACAUGGUGCUGGUGCCGAUCGUCCCGGUGCGAAGCGGCAUCACGUGUGAGAGGAACCGGGGAACCCAGAAGUUUGACGUAUCAAUACGAGAAGGAAGCUGGAGCGGCGCGGACGCACGGCGAUGGGCGCCUCGGUGCGGAGCCUUACUCUCCGUCCGGCAUAGAUGCUGCGAUUUUUUAGAAAUUCUUAUUCCCGUCCGAUCUGUUCACUUACGGUGCCGCAAUCCGAAUCUGAAUCUACGCAAAUCUGAGCAGCGGAAAAGUACACUGGGAGUGCGCAAACCAAGUACAAUAGAAGCAUGCUUUGGCUCACUAAGGAUUUGGCUGCGGUGUACUGACAUUACAAGAAACGCUUAUGGGAACUUACGGUACCUCAGCUGAAAGGACCCGCUGCCAGCUGCGCUAUCAUGACUGAUGGCGAGGCGCGAAAGCCCGUACAGUACUUGGACUUCCAGGAGGUGAGGGUACCCAUUUGGGAGUCCGUCCAGCUCCCGGUUCGGUGCGAGGACACCGAGGGCGAUGAGGAGAAGGAGAAGGAGGAGGGCAGCGCCGGGAACCCUAACGCGGAGAGUACCGGUUCCGGAGGGUCGAGCGGCCGCGAUCCCGCUCCUGACCUGGUCAUGGAUGAUAAGGAGCAGCCGCCGUACCCGGGCCUGGCACCCGUUGUCUUCUUUUGCAUCAAACAGACAACCCGACCUCGCAGUUGGUGCCUCAGACUGGUCUGUAAUCCCUGGUUCGAGCGUGUGAGCAUGCUGGUCAUCCUCCUGAACUGUGCGACCCUGGGCCUGUACCAGCCCUGCGAGGACAUCCGCUGCGAGUCCGAGUGGUGCUCCAUCCUGCAGGCGUUUGAUGACUUCAUCUUCGCCUUCUUCGCCGUCGAGAUGGUCGUCAAGAUGCUCGCUCUCGGGAUCUUCGGGCCCAAGUGUUACCUAAGCGACACCUGGAAUCGCCUGGACUUCUUCAUCGUCAUGGCAGGGUCAGCCCCGCACCCCCGAAUCCCACCCCAGCCCCUCACCAACCCCUGA